GCUUUCCAGCCACAACACCUCAACCCUGUAGGGCUGCCAGGGGUUGUUAUGACCAAAAUGCAGGACCCGACAUUGGUCCUAUUGAAACUCGUGCCGUUAACCUUGGCCCAUCCAGUUCCCUCUGCAGUGGAUACAGCAGCACACGCUGAUAAGGACACGUUAUCACACGUUGUGUGCCCGUUCCUCCCGUCCGGGCUGUGUGGGCAGCGCUGAGCAGCGAUAACAUCCCAAGGACGGAGCAGCGCAGGGGAGGGACGGGGCGGCAGCGCAGCCCCAUAACGGCGGAGCUCCGUUCCGUUCUAUUCCAUUCCGGUCCGUUCUGUUCCGGUCCGUUCCGCAGCUCCAGCCUCACACAGCCCCUCCUGCCGGGCCCGACCCGCUCCGCUUUCCUCGGUCCCGGUCUCGGUCUCGGUCUCGUUCUCGGUCUCGGUCCCGGUCUCGGUCUCGGUCCCGGUCCCGGUUCCGGUCCCGGGGCGGAGCUCAGCACUACAAGUCCCGGCGUCCCCCCGUUGCGCGCUGAUUGGCUGCGGGACAGACUUGAAUGGGGCGCGUGGCGGGGCUGGAGCUCAGUUAGAGGCGGCGGCGGCGGGGACGGAUGCUGCCAUGAAACGCCUCAAAGGUGCCAACUUCGUGUCCCGCACCGCCAGCCUGGAGAGCACAGAGGAGCUGCUGACUGAGCUGCUGCAAUGCCUCUCCAGCAGCACAGCAGUGCAGGGCAGUGCACAGAGCACAGUGUGCGACCGCAUCCUGCGGGCCUGCGUGCAGCGCGUGGGGGAGCCCAGCUGCGACCUCACACACACCAACGCAGUGAUGGCCUUGGCCGAGGCAGCCUGCAGGGGCUUUGUCUGCAGCAGCACUGCCCCGCCGACCCCUCUGUACCUGGAGAAGAUCCUCUUCCACCUGCUGAAGAACAUGGCUGCCCGUGGCUAUCGUGACGCCUGCAGGAGGGCAGCGGAACUCAUCCUCGCUCAGCUCCGCGCUCACCAGCAGCACCACGCGCCGUCACCCAACUUCAGUGCUAUUGCCCACAGCUGCUUCUCCACGCUGUGGGGCACCAAGGGGACGCUGCGGGACCGCCUGCAGGCCCUGCGCUUCGUGCUGCUGCUGGAGGAUGAGGAGGGGGCCGCGCUGCCCCUGGUGCCGCCCUUCUUCACCUCGCAGGUUGCCCGGCAGCUGGUGGCUGUGGCCUCCACUCUCUCCAAAGCCUCCCAGGCUCCGUCCUUGUCUUGCCUUGGCCGGGAGCUGCAGGGUGUCCUGACCUCCCUCCGUGAGGACAUGGCGCGGCCGCCCUCUCUGCCGCAGGCCCUUUGCUUGUUGGAGCUGCUGUUGGAGCAGUGCCGGCAGCUCUGCAGGGGAGGCUGCUAUGGGGAGGCGGAGGCGGCUGUGAGAGAUGCACGAGGAUUCCUGGGGGGCUCCAAGGUGUGCAGCGAGGCCCUGGCCCUGCUGGAGGCUGGCGUGCAGCUGAGCCGGGUGCUGGCCCAGAAGGUGGGCUCAGCAGGGCCGGCCCUGGCGCAGGCAGCGGCAGCGCUGGGUGGUGCAGGGAAGGUCUCGGGGCGCAUCCUCAGGGUGCUGGCUGAGGGCUGCCAACUUGUCACCAUGUCCCUCAGUGAACGUGCCAGGAGCAGCCAGCAGCAGCCGCUGCCUCCGGAGGAUGUGCUGCAGCUCUGUGCCUUCGUGGAAGGGCACUGCCGUGUCCUUGGCCUGCUGCUGGCCAUGGUUCCUCCUGAUGGCACAAAGCAGCGGCUUGUGCUGAAGCAGCUGCUGCACCGCAGCCUCCAGCUCUUCACCAGCUUUGCCUGCGAUACCUUCCGCUCCUCCCAGGUGUCUGGGUGGUCGGGGCAGCAGCAGCUGACAUCAGGCUGCCGGGACACCGUGAUGCAGAUGCUGGAUGUUCCGGAGGGGCUUCCUCAGGGGGAGCAAGUCAAAUACCUCGACCUUACCGCAUCGUGCGUGUUUAAGCUGACGUACAUCUUCUACAGCCAGAACCUUCAUAAGGAAGCCAGCUCCAUCUCUGAGCUCAUCUGCAAGAGGCUGAAGAAAAUAGAUGCCUUCAGGUUUCCAGAGAUACCCCCCGAAAAGCUGCACAGAUGCUUCAGGCUGCAGGUGGAAAGCUACCGCAAGCUGGGGCAGCUGCAGAACGCGUUGGCAUCCUGUGUGCUGUGGCUGACAUCGCUGCGGGGCCGCAUCGGGGAGCUGCUGGCGGAGCCCAUCAGCUUCUGGGCCAAAGUGAAAGUGGACAGUGUGAAGCAGGGAGGAGCGGAGGACUUGAGGCUGAGGACCCUGAAGGAAGAGCUGUCUGCUCAGCACCUGGACACAGACACCUUGGUGGCCGUGCUCUUUGCUGAGCUGAGGGCCUACAAGAGCAUCCGUGCGGACACGGGGCAGGAACGCUACGACGUGCUGUGCGACCUGCUGGAGAUCUGCUCCGAGGACAGCGGCCGCCUGCAGGAGCGCGCUGCCAGCCUGGUGGAGCUGGCUCAGGUCCUGUGCUACCACAACUAUGCCCAGCAGAUCAACUGCUCCGCGUUGGACUCUGUCCAUGAAGCACUGCGGCUGUUGGACUUGGUGCCCAGGAAUGAUGAGAACCAGGAGCAGCUCCUCGAUGACCGGGCGCAGGCUUUGCUCUGGCUCUACAUCUGUACCCUGGAGUCUAAGCUGGAGGAGGGCAUAGCAAGGGAGCAGAGAGUCAAAGCUCUGGGACAGAGGAUCCUGGAAGACUUUGAGCCCAAUGACCUGAACUAUGAAAGCAAGCUGCAGGAGGACGCCUUCCUGAACAGUGGAAUCUCCUUCAACCUGGUCACAGAGUUGGCUCAGUCCAAGAACCUGGACGAUGCCUUAGCCCUAUGGAAGCAGCUGCUGGCAUCUCAGGGUGUCCCAGCUGUGCGCAGCCUGGAGCAGACCGUGGCCUCUCUUUGUGUCACAGCAGCUCUCUACAGGCUGAUGGACAAGCCCCUGCAAGCCAUGGAGAGCUACCUGUUGGUACGAGCCCUGUGCACUGCACUCGGGGACGAUUUGGGCACAGCCAGAGCUCUCUGCCAGGUCACCAAACUGCUCCUCCAGCUGGAGUGCCCCGGCUACGCCAAGCUUUUCCUGGAAGAGGCAGAGUCCUGCUUGCAGAGAGCAGAUAGGGACAGCGACUUCUACCUGCUGCUGCAGCAGACCUGUCUCGUGCUCCGCAGCCAGCUGUACUGCGCCAGCCACCGCAUCAAAGAUGGCACUGCCCUCUUGCUGGAGGUGCUCCAGAACCCAGCUCUGCAAAAGACUUCCAAGGUCUGGUACAUGCUUCAAGCACAAGCCCUGCAGCUGACCGCCACCUACCUGAGCCUGCCGCCCACCCAGCUCUCGCCAGAGUUCAGGCAGCACAUCUUCGAGCAGGGCUGGAAAACGCCCGAGACAGCUCUGAGCGAAGCCUACAAGUUGUUACGUGGCAUCACCCUCCUCCUGAUGGGCAGCAACAUGCUGGGCUCCCACAAGUCAAUAACAGACAUCCCGUUCAUAGACUGUGGGGAGAACGUACUGCAGAAGUGGCAGGUGCUGGCUGACCUGCUGGACUGCUCCGAGCGCCUGGUGGUCCUCCUCAGCAGGGUGGAGGUGAUGUGCAAAGCCAAAACCUUCUGCUUGGAGGCCUUCAAGCUGGCUGUGAAACUGCAAGUGGUCCGAUGGUGUGCUUCCUUUCUGGUGCUGAAGGCUCAGCUGGAGCUGCAGCAGAACGAGCUGGAGCUGAGCCGCUGGAACCUGCAGCAGGCUCUGUUCCUCCUGGAGUCCGGCACCAAGUUCGAGGCUGAUGAGAAGCUGCGAGGCCCUCUGAAGAUCUUGCCCAGGAAGGGCAAACUGGAGGGUAGGAAGCAGCAGGAUGAGGGCUCUGAGCAACCUGCGGAAGAUGAGGGCUUUCUGAAGGGCCCCGUGCUGGAGUUUGUGGCCAUGGUGAGUGGCCUGGAGAAAGCAGAUGAACUCAGCUCCUCACCGCAACUGAAACCCAAGAAGAAGAAAAGACCUGCCUUCCUCACCCACCCCACCGCCUGCCCCUGCUGCCUCUGCUCUGACCUGACCCUGUCAUCCCUCUGCCUCCGCUGGCUGCUCUGCUGUGCGCGGGUCGAGCUGGCGGCCGGCAGUGCAGCAGAAGGGUUGGGGCUGAUCCAGGUCACCUUGCAGCGCUGCGGUACCGUGGGCCCUCGCUUUGCUGUCCUGCUGCAGGACAAGCUGGGCAGCGGUCACGAGGCACCUGCACUGAAGCUGUUAGAUGAUCUGGUGGCCACUGGUUAUGCCACGCUGGCACUUCACAGCCUGUCUGGUGCCUGGCCCGAGGAGAAGCUGCAGGAGCACCUGAAAGCCGCUCUGUCUUUCCUGGCAUCCUGCAGCCCCCACCUGCCCAGUCUGGGGGUCUCCAGGGCCAGUCUGCUGCUUGCCAAAGCCACGGCUGCCGUUUGCUGCUUGGCUGCCAAGCACAAAGGCUCCGUAGACAGUGUCUUUGCCUCUGCUUGGGCUUGGCAGCCGGCCCUGCUGAGCCCCACCGAGCCCAAAGCAGCAGCGGCCGUGCCCAAGAUGGACAAAGCUCAAUCAAAGAAGCUUAAAAGCAAAGCAGCAACCACAGCAGCCCCUGUGCUUAAACCCAAAACCAAGAAGACCCAGAGAGAGAAGCCCCCCUCGGUGGGAGAUAUCAAUGAUGCCUUUCUUGUGAGCAAUUCCGACACAGAACUGCCCGCUGCUGCUGCUCAGGCAGUGACAACGUCCUGCACCCUGCACCCCAGUGCCAGUCCCCGCAGCAAAGCACGUGCACGGGGCUCUGUGGCAUCCCCUGCAUGUAAACGCAGAGGGAAGAAGAGCCAGAAAGCCAAGACCACAGGCAACAAGGAUGUCUUUGCUGUGGGUGACUUGGACAGUGAGGUGCCUCCCACUGUGAUCCGGCCGGCAGUGGAGCCCAGCACCCUGCGCCACAAGCCAUCCUGUCCUCCAGCCAAGACGUGCACCCAGGGGGCUGUGAUGCCCCUCCGCCCCAGGGCUCCCUUCACUGUGUUCAGCGAGACCUCGCUGCCACCCAGCAAGUCACAGCUCCUGAAAGCACCCAAAGCCCGUGGGAAAACCAGAUCCCGGCUGCCAGUGACGUUUGGUGAUGACAGCGAUGAGGGUCUCAAAUCAGUGCUGAGCCCCAUUGCCAGCAAAGCACCUGUAACCAGCUGCAAGACGCCACGGUCAGUGAGCUGCUCACAGAGAGCUCUGCGCACACGGGCUGUGGAGGUGGGGGGCUCCCAGCUGGGAUCCUCCGUGGGCAGAGGCAGCAGGAGCAGCACCCGGCCCCAGCGGGGGCGCAGAGUUGAGGGCACAGAGAAGAAGGAGCAGGUGGCACACAGGGCUCCGAGUGGGAAAGGAGACGAGGAACAGGAGCUGCUGAGUGCCAUCAAAGAGGAGGAGAAGGUGGAGGAGCAGAUCAGCGUCAGCUCUCUCCAAGCCUCUGAGGAUGGAGCCAAGGGCAGAAUCCAAUGCAGGCAGGAGGGCAUGGACACGGAGCUCGAGGGGCUGCGGCAGGAGGCUGGUGAACAGGUCCUGGCACAGCCGAGGCCGGGCAGUACAGAGCCCCUGUGUCUCAGCUCCCUGCACGAAGUGCUGCCAACUGUGGAUGACACCUCCUCACUGGACACAGCCCGUGGGUUCCUGAAAUCUGCCUUCAGCUGCAUCAGCCACUGCCCUCCUGGCACACUGUACAGCCAGCUCUGCCAGCUCCUGGCUCUGGCCACAGGUGAUCAGGACCCCAUCACCACUGCCUACCUGCUGGCUGAGUCCGUCUCUGUCACCACACGCCAUCAGCUGCUCACCAUCAUCCACAAGAAGCUUAACAAGGAGAAGAAAUCAGUAGCAGAGAUGGCCGAGCAGCUCCAAGGGCUGACCCUGCAGGAUGAGGACACUACUUCACGUCACCACCACCUCACUGAGCUCCAGGACCUCUUCAGCUUCAGCCCCACAGGUCUGGGGCCCCAGGCGUGCACCAGCUUCAGUGAGCAGCUGCAGCAGAUCCCAGCUGGGGUGACUGUGUGUGUGUUGACCCUGGUGAGCAUCCAGCCCACCUCUGUGGGGGACACGCUGCUGCUGACACGGCUGGAAAGGGGCAAUGCUCCCAUCACUGUCCGCAUCUCAACUGCACACAACAAGACCACACUGAGCUCAGUGCUGAGAGACUUCGACUCCAUCCAGAAGAAGCAGAAGGAAGCCAGCAGCUACACUGACAAGCGGGACUGGUGGCUGUGCCGCUACAACCUGGAUCAGAGGAUGAAGAACCUCAUUGAGACGCUGGAAAUGCAGGUGCUGGGCUGCUGGAAGGCUGCACUGCUCCCUGCAGCCCAGGAUCCCCUGCUGGCUGAGGAAGCUGCCCAUUUAAGUGCUCAGCUGCAGCAGUGUGGCUGGAGGGGAAAAGAUCCGAACCUGCUCAAGGUUGUGCUGAAUGCUGCUGCCCUCCUCAGCCCUGCUGAUGUGCAAGCCCUGGCUGUGGGGUUGUGCCCAGCUCAGCCCAGCAGAGCCCAGCUCCUCUUGCAGGAGGCUCUGGACAAGCGGAAAAACAUCAAACGGGAGCCUGGCGGUUCUGUCAUCCUGGUGCUGGACAAGCACAUGCAGAAACUGCCCUGGGAGAGCAUAACGUGCCUGAAGGACCUGCCCAUCACCCGGCUCCCAUCCCUGCGCUUCCUCUUCAGCUAUGCCCUGGCACAGAAGCGGACAAACUCUGUGCUGUGCCGCGGUGUUGACCCCAGCAAGACCUUCUACGUCCUCAACCCUCAGAAUAACCUGGCGAGCACUGAGCAGUCCUUCCGCAGCUGGUUUGAGAGUGAACCAGGCUGGAAAGGGGUGACAGGCUCAGUCCCCAGCCAGGAGCAGAUGCAAGCAGCGCUGCUGGAGCAUGAUCUCUACAUUUAUGCAGGACAUGGAGCAGGUGCCCGCCUGCUGGAUGGGCAGACCAUUGCCCAGCUGCAGUGCCGUGCUGUUGCUCUGCUCUUUGGCUGCAGCAGCGCCGCGCUCGCUGUGCGGGGCAGCCUGGAGGGUACAGGCAUCGUGCUGAAGUACAUCAUGGCUGGCUGCCCCCUCAUCCUGGGCACCUUAUGGGACGUCACCGACCGCGACAUUGACCGCUACGCCGAGUCCUUGCUGCGGGCCUGGCUGGGGGCUCCUCGCCCCGGGGCUCCCCUCCUCCGCUACGUGGCUGAAGCCCGCAAUGCCCCCCGCCUCCAGCACCUCACUGGGGCUGCCCCUGUGGCCUAUGGGCUCCCUGUGGCCCUGCAGUGACAUGGCGGGUGGUGCCCGACUCCUAUUGCUAAUUGCUGUGUUCUUAUGGUCAGAGGUAAUAAAGCUGUUCUUUACUGAA